CAGCUCGUCGUGGAGAACAAGUGCUCCGUGUGCUUCGACGCGGCGAAGAACUGCGUCCUCAUGGAGUGCAUGCACGUGGCCACGUGCGCGGACUGCGCGGUCCAGCUGAAGACGUGCCCGACGUGCCGGGCGCCCGUCUCGAGCGUGCGCCGCAUCUAU